GCGUUUUUUUUAUAUUCGUUUGGUGUUAGCUUGCGAUAAGAUGAAAUUGACUUACUUUUUCCUAAUCUGCGCUUUUGUGGCUGCCUCUGUGGCCAGCGACCCAAAGGUGAAGAUCGGCAUUAAGAAGCGCGUGGAAAGCUGCACACGGAAGGCAAAAAGCGGCGACCUAGUUCAUGUGCACUACAAGGGCACACUGCAGGAUGGCUCCGAGUUCGACAGCAGCUACUCCCGCGGCUCUCCUUUCUCCUUCACCCUCGGCGCCCGCCAGGUGAUCAAAGGCUGGGACCAGGGAAUCCUUGGAAUGUGUGAGGGCGAGCAGCGGAAGUUAACCAUUCCCCCGGAACUGGGAUAUGGAGCAAGUGGUGCGGGUGGCGGAAAGAUUCCACCCAACGCGGUGCUUGUCUUCGACGUUGAGUUGAUGAAGAUCGACCCACGUGCUGGAUCUGAAGAACUGUAGAAGAAGCCAGAACCCGUCGACAUUCCAUUAACAAAGCCCAAAGCUUACUUAGAAAUUAUGUUGAUAGCCUCUAAAUUUGUUUGCUUUUCAGCAAAGAAAUCUAAUACUUAUCUGAAGAACUUUAAAAGUCAUGUUUACUUCCCAGUUUUUCCACUUUUUGCAACUUCGUCUCAAACAUCCCAAAGAGCCAAUUAAUGACCUCAAUAAAACACAAUGCCAUUUUUUUACUA